UUUCCGCCCGAACAUUUCCUCAUAGCUGAAGAAAGGUGAUCGCUGGAUCGCAACAAAGAAAAUUCAAACUGCUGAAAGUGCCUCUGACUUUUUCGGGUGAUUGGAAAACGCUUCCUGCUCAGCAGCGAUAGUUAAUUUUUUUGCGUGAUAAACAAACCACAAGCUAAACCAAAUGAACUGAGGAGUGCGCUUCGAGUGGCGGAAAAUAAGUGUGCAUUCAGCUUCAAGUGACAACGAUCGAAAAUGUGGAGAAUUGUUAAUUUACUCUUACUGCUGUCAUCAAGGCUUUCGUGUGAUUUAGUAGUUGGCUCCUAUAUUGACAAUGUGAUCGAGCAGCAGCACGCAAUCAUUAACGAAAUGAAUCAAAAUUUCACCGAACUGGAGAAAGAAAGCGAGAAAUUCAUCGAUUUGGGAACAUUCAUUGCAAAGCAUGAAGUACCUCCAAAAAUUGUAAAAAUUACAAACACCGUAGCUGUUAAAGUUCCUGUUCCAUAUCCAGUUAAAAUACCCCACCCUGUGCCUGUGCCCGUUCCUGUUACCAAAACUGUACCGGUGCCAGUACCAAAGAUCAUAAGGCUACCGGAAGCGGCUGCAGUGCAGCCAACUGACGGCGUUCCAAUUGCAGAAUCUGUAUCGGCAAUCGUUCCUACAGUCCCAGUGCUCUCCAGCAGAUCUUCCGGGCCAACAAGUGCUUCUAACUUGCUAACAGGUGAACAAGAAACUGCUCAUUCCAAUCAGAACGAACAAGUGGAAUACACACGCUCCUAUCCCAUCCAUUCUGUGUAUGAUGUUGGCGCAGAUUACAACCCAUACAUGGGAAACCGUCAAGUAUUGUUCAAACAAAGUGAAUCGGCUUCGGAACCUCAACCCACUAGACAUUAUAGCGAAGAUUUCAAAAAAUUAGAAGAAUACAGUAGCUCAAGUGCGAAACAAUCAUUGAAUCAAAACUCUCGUAGUUUCCAUACAACUCUCAAACCAGAGUCGAUUCCAAGAUCAACCCAUGGUUAUCGUGAGUACUACUCGACGGUCCAGCCCGAAGUGGGAUCGUCAGCGGGUACUCCCCAACCGGAAGUUGUUCAUCAUGCAUACAAGUCGCCUAAAUCAGUUUUCUACUCAAGUGAUACGGACAAGUAUCCUGCUCCCAAGUUUCCACGACCCUCUCAUUCAGCAUUCCCUACGAUCCCAACAUAUAGCACAAAGGAUAUUUUCGAAGAGCAAAACUAUAAAAUUUAUCACCCCAAACCAACUGCAACUCACCCUACUUUCAAAGACUCAUAUCCUCAUUACGAACAACCUGACGCAGGCAAAUACUAUCAGCAAAAACCCACCGCAGCUAUCUACCACGAUUAUACGGGACAAUCAGAACAAAGUGGCCACCGAAGCAAACAACUAAAGUAUAUCGAAAAUUAUCAGAAGCCCACUGAAAUGAGUUACUCUACAACGUACCACGACACUGACCACGGACAAUCAGGUGAAACUUCAUCCCAGUACAAGCAAUAUAAAUAUCAGGAUGAUAACUAUGCAUCCCAUGAAGAAUCUUACGCCGACCAUAAUAGACCUUCCAAACAGUACCAAUUGAGCGACUUUUAUAGUAGUUCUGAAGAUAAACCUGAGACCCAAUCUUAUUCCGAACACAAAGAGUCACAAAAUAGCCUUCAAAAGUAUAAAUACUACUAUCCGAAACCCACGCCGGUCUCCGAAGCCCUAACUUAUUUAGAAGGAAAGUUACCAUCAAACUCAGCAAAUCACAAAGAAUACUAUUCCAAACCACAGCAAAGCUACUAUCAGAAACUCCCUAAAGAACACGAGACAAGAUACGCUUCAAAACCAACCGCCAACUCCUACAACUUCCCAAGUGACGCUCAUCUCCAUCCUUCCUACCAAGAUACCGUUCCAUCCAAAGCCAAAACCCAUAGCUACUACCCUUCCGUGGCAUCCGAACAACACCAAUUCGAAGAGUCCCCUAAAAGCGAGUACAAAUUCUACCAAUAUGUACAUCACCCAAGCUCAACCCCUGCAUCCCACCAACUCCACUCACAGUCUUACGACCAAGGUACGGGUGGGGAAGACGACUACCAGCAGCAGCAACAACGGCAGCAUCAUCAGCAGUACACGUCCGGCGCAUCCCACUACGGUGGUACCGACAUGCUCGAAUCCUCCUCGAAAGAUCAAACAACUUACGAGAGAGCCGUCGAGAGCGAUCACCGCGCGGCACAUCCCAACGAUUAUGCUGAACAUAGCCACGAGCAUCUGCAUCACCAUCACCACCAGCGGGAAGCCGCAGGCGGAAGAGGCUAUUAAGCGGCCACCGGUUUCCGGUUGGAUAUUAACAGCCAUCGGCCACACAUCGACUGAUAUUGUACCUAACGUGUGUUACCACAUUGUUUAGAUUACCUACUAUUUAUUCAUUACGCAACCCAUGCUGUUUGCGUUGUCUUGUACUUUUCAUCGCGUGAUGUCGGGAGAGAAAAAGACGAGAUUUUCACAGGCGCCUUCCUCCUAUCCAGCUGGAGGAAACUAUUUUACGUUUCAGUCUGAAAAAUGAAACAUUUUGUUGUUAACUAGUAGAUAAGGUGUGUGCGAGUGUUUGACAGAUUUUAUUUUUGAAAAAGUUUAAUAAAAUUUAUGAUUGAAAAUGAA